GUCUCAAGUCUCCGACAAGCUGAUGACUACUCCAGAUUCGACACGACAGUGGAAAUGGAUUUGGAUCCGGAGGCACGGUACUGGAAACAACAUUCGCCAGGGAAAUGGUUCCGUCAAGCCAAGAUCCACGGCAAGAUCAACAAUGAGAAAGCGAUCAUACUCCUAGAUACCGGUGCCGAGGUGUCCAUCGUGGAUACCACCUUUGCUCGUAAGGUUGGGUGCUACAUCGACAGGAGUCAGAGCCAAGAGUGUGUUGGGAUCGGGGACAUCGUGUAUACAACGGAAGGAAGAACGCGGAUCAAGAUUACCUUGGGCGGAUACCUGGUGUAUUUCUUCGACAUUUGGGUGGCUGACCUAUCUGGACAAGAGGCCAUCCUCGGUAUGGAUUACAUGGUUCCGGCCGGGAUCCGGCUGGAUCUGGCCGACGGGACUCUCUGCCUGCCCGAUGAAGUCCUGAUCCAGCUCAGCAGACGCUGUCCACUCUACAGUGACAAGGUGCAGUCCGUGACGCUGGAUCGAUACUUGCAACUUGGGAUCGGAGAGUCCGCGGAGCUGCCCAUGCGUCUGCGAGGAUCGGAACAUGACAAGCUGUGGGUUAUGCGAGGGGAUCGAUGGGUGCCAACGGUGAUCAAGGGCCCAGGCAAGGUGCGGUACCUUCAGAUCACGAACAUCGGAGAGAAGGAGCUGGUGUUGCGCCAGAGCCUCCAAGUCGGGAUGUGGCUGGCCGGAGAUCGAGUCCCGCGGAUCCAAGGUUACGUGACCAUCGGAUCCGCCGCUACAUGGCGUGGCAGAACCUCGCGCUGUAGGCCACGACGGACGCUGGAUCCGCGGAGGCGGAACCCCCGGAGCCCCCCCCCCCCCCCAGGGCCUAUGGUGGAGCGCCCCGAGUACCCGACGCCGCGCGCAAUACUGCAGAGACAGCAUCCAGCACAAGUCCGACAGGUAGAGGCCAGAUCCAAGGGAGCUGAGGAUGGACAGGACGGAUCGUCGUCAGAUCCACCCGACCGGACGACCGAAGGACACAUCGCCGGGACGACAGGAAUACCGCUGCCCCAAGCUUCAACUACGGCUCAUGCUUUAGAUUCGCGGUCGGAUGAGCUGCUUGAGUAUGUACCAAGCUUCGAUCCAGCAGCUGAAGGUCCGCCGAAUUCCGAUCCAAGCGGUGGAAACUCCGUGGGAAGAGGCGCGCCGACCACCCCCACGACGGUGUUAACUGAGUGCAGGAUGGACACCGUGUUGGGUGAUGAGGCGUCGCGACGGGUGUCGAUCCUAAGCCCAUCCCCCUAG